UUGUCUUCACCAAGCUUCAUUGGCCAGUGGACCAUCAGUUACAUCGUUACUCUUCCGUGACCUCUGAAGUUCUCACCAACUUCAGUAGUAAGCGCUGGUGUAUUGUACACAAUGAGUGACAUGGUGAUAGAGAUUUUGGCCUUUAUUCUGACCACAUCUGGCUGGGUCCUGAUCUCCUCCACCAUACCCACGGAUUACUGGAAGGUGUCUUCUCUGGAUGGCACGGUCAUCACCACAGCUACCUACUGGUCCAACCUGUGGAAGGCCUGUGUCACUGAUUCAACAGGAGUCUCCAACUGCAAGGACUUUCCCUCCAUGCUGGCACUGGACGGCCAUAUUCAGGUCUGCAGGGGUCUGAUGAUCGCUGCUGUCUGCCUGGGCUUCUUCGGUGCCGUCUUUGCCCUGGUCGGAAUGAAGUGCACCAAGAUUGGGGGAUCAGACCAAAGCAAAGCCAGAAUGGCUUGCUUCGCUGGGGUCAAUUUCAUACUCAGCGGUCUCUGCUCGCUGUCCGCAUGCUCCCUGUACGCGCACAGAAUAACAUCUGAGUUUUUUGACCCCAUGUAUGUUGCUCAGAAGUAUGAACUGGGAGUUGCCUUGUUCAUUGGUUGGGCAGGAUCUAUCCUGUGUGUUCUGGGAGGGGUGAUAUUCUGCUUCUCCAUAGUAGACAGUUCCAGAAGCUCUAGUCGCACAGGCUAUGCCUACGGAGGACCUGCCUCUACCUCCCAUGUCUCUUCCCACCCGAGAGGGCAUGCGCAGCCCAUGAGCCAGCGGCCUCCACCUGAAUACAACAGCCCCUCCAGAGCACAGCACUUUGAUAAGAAUGCCUAUGUGUAAGGGAGGAUAGGGAGAAGCUGACUCACCUCCAUUCCAGUUAAAAGGGGAGGAAAAAUGUGUUACGUGACUGGCUGGCCCAUUGUGUCACAAAUUACGAUUGCCCAGAGAGAGAUCACUGGAUAUUGGAGUGGAUCCUGCUAUACACCUAUUUAUAAAGGAAUUAAUUUCCAUUCAGAGUCCAAUGGAAAUCAUAGCCUAUUUUAGUUCAUAAGAGAUUGGCUGAGAUUUUUGGCUGAAACUCUUGCGACUUAAGUUAAAGGGUCAAUCUGCAGUUGCUACAUCCAUUUUUGGACUUAUAAAUUCACGAUAUGUACCCGUUGAAUCUUGAAGAAUAUAACUUAUGAAUGCCUCAUGAGCUUAGUUAAACUGUAAUACCCCAUCAGAACCCAGCCUCAAAACAUGGUAAAAACUGUAAUUUUGGUAUCAUUAAUGGUCAGUCCUUGCAUCCAUAGCUCUGUCUAUGAAUUUGAGAGUGGUUACAUUUCUCCGGCCCCAUCCCUCAGCUUUUUUAUGCAAAAAAUAAAAUAUAUUAUUAAUUUGAAAAAAUACAACAUAUGUGAGCCUCCUGAUAGACAUAAGCAGCAGAUCACAAUACAGAGUCAACAUUAACCACUUUUUAUACACUUAAAUUGAAUUGUUUUCAACUUUUUUGAUUGUUUUUGACAUUAAAGUGAGUGUAUGUGAGUUGUUAUAUUGUCUUGUCUUGCCUGUCUCUU